AUGAACAGACAUACCUCAGACUUCAAAGUCCUGAUCGUAGGCGCUGGAAUAGCCGGCCUAGCCCUCGCCCAGAUCCUCAGGAAUCACGAAAUAGCCUUCGAGAUCUUCGAGCGAGACGAUGGAAGUAGAGUCGGUGGAUGGUCCGUGGGCCUGGACGACUGUCUCGCAGACCUCCAAGCCCUGCUCCCCACGGACCUCACCCCCAUAAAACAAACCAGUCCCAACUAUCCUCAGGGAAAGAAAGACAGCUAUGCUUUCCUCAACGGCCUCACUGGCGACGUCCUCGGCCAUGUCACAGCUGGUGAUGGCGGCAGGGACUUCAUAAGCUGUGACAGAGAUCUUCUUCGCAAGAUUCUCUCUAAAAACCUCUCGGUGCAGUAUCGUAAACGUCUCCAUCACUUCGAACAGACUCCCUCGGGCGUAGAGCUGCACUUCACAGAUAACAGCACAGCGACCGGCAGUCUCCUCGUAGGAGCAGAUGGCGCCCGCUCCGCCGUUCGCGCGCAGCUAUUACCCGAUGUCCAAGCUGUACCGAGUAGAUGUAUAAUGCUCUACGGCUCCGUCCAGCUCUCGGCGCGCGACUCAGAGCCCAUGCUUUCCAAAGCAAACACAGCAACACUCCUAGGCUCACCCCGCAUGAAAUCCUUCCUCAUGCUCGACCAGCAUAAUUCCGAUGGAACUGCUAUGUGGAACUGGGGGAUUGCACGACUCUGCUCCGUUGAGGAGGCGGGGAGUAAGCAUGCUUGGGUACAGGGCGCUAGUGCUGAGGAACUACACGCUCAGGCUAUGAAGUGGUGUAGUGACUCGCCAGAGUGGUUCCGGCAUGCUAUCGAAUUGUCCGGGCCGAAGGGCGUGCAUACACCCCCUAUCACGCUGAGGGAGACGGUGAUACCCGUCGACAAAUUGCCGGAGGGUCUAGUGACUCUGAUGGGUGAUGCGGCACACUCGAUGACCAUGUGCAAGGUCCCCUUCCGCGGCAUGGGCGCCAACACCGCCAUGCGCGAUGCCUGCGAUCUCGGCAUGGCACUCUCCCAACAAGCGGCCAAAAACGAUGCCGAGGAGCACCAGCAGAUCCUCCGCCAAUACGAGCUGAAAAUGCUACCCCGUGGCCGGGAGCACGUCCUACUAUCCCGUGCCGACGCCGAAGCGGACGACCAUAUAGAUUUAUCCGGGGGUCGGCUGGAGAAGAAGCAGGAGGAGGCUGAGGGGAAGAAGAAGGGGGGUGAGGAGGUCCGGGUAUAG